AUGGACGAGGAGGCGGCGAUGGAGGCGGCAGCCGAUCAGGUGUUGACGGGCAGGACCAAUAUUGUAUCAUGUAUUUGGCAUAUGCUCAAGAACAUACGUCGACACAUCAAGAGAGUAUUCCCAAAACGCGUGGAUCAGGAGGCGUUCAUGGAUGUUUUCAAUGAAGCCCGAGAAGCUAUUACAGAGGAUGCCUUCAGGAUGAUAUGGAUGGGUCUUUGUCAAAGAUUUGGUGGGGAAGGCAGAGGGGAGCGUCGCGAGCCUGAGAUCAAAAGCAAGGUCAAGGGCAAGAAGGUAGAGAAGGUCAAAGGUGAGGAAAAGAAGGACUCGUCGAGCCAGGACGACCAGCUUAAUGCGCCGCCGUCGAGAGCACUGGGCCCUUGGGUCAAGACCAUCUUUACCGCCGGGAUGCGGUCUUCGCAGCGAGUUGAGAUGACCCACAGGUUGAUCAAGAUGCUCGGUGUCAACAGUCAGACACCUUUGCAGCGACUCCUGGAAUUCAUCUCUACGAAGCUCAACAAGGAGCUCGCUUUUGCCAUCGUCGGUAGAGUGACCAAUCACAGCAAAGACCUCGACGGGGUCAUUGCUUGUGACUUGAAGAUGGUGCUCUCUGCUUCCAGUCGGUUCCUGGAUCACUAUGCUAUGAGCCAAAUGAGAAUCGAGCUUGCUCAGUCCUAUGGUUUCCAGCAUAGAGUUAUCGACCCUCAAAGCUUUUCUCAAGAUAUCUCCAAAGAUGAUUUGAGCAGAGAAAACCUUCUCAGGAGAUCUAUUUGCACUAUUGUCGAGAACGUUGAGUGCAAGGUUGACAAAGUAUACUUGAUCACGGUUUCAAGUACAGAAUCGACGACGUUGCCGGAGUAUAUGCGAUGGUACACCGAGGGCAUGCAGGAUAAUCCUCGACUUAAUUCAACGCUCGACGAGCUCCAGCAUGUCAGGGCCAAUACCUAUGCUGAGAGCACAGCCGCUAACAAGGAUAGGCGCGGCACCAUCCGCCGUAUCAAAGAGGAGCAAGGCGAUCAAGGCUGUGCAUUCGAAGACCGCAAGUGCCGUGAGGAAAUUUACGAAUACGAUAAGCGACCUGGACGUUAG